AUGGAAGCCUCUGCGCAGCCUGUGGUCUACCAGAAGCUGCUGCUCUGGGAGCCAAGCCUGGAGCUAGAAGAGGAGGAGGAUGAGGAGGAGAUAUCGAUGCCGCUGGUUCUGGACCUCUGGCAGCCUCAGGACUCUGGGGCAGGUGGGCUGCUGGGGGUCUGGGUCCGGCUAGGGGCAGCGCUGCUGCUGCUGGUCCUUGGCUGCGCCCUGGCAGCCAGGCAGUUCCAAGCCAAGGCUGGCUCCACAGGAAGCUUGGGCUCUGCAACCCCUCGGCCCAGCGGACACGCCCAUCGCCCGGGCGUGUUCCACCAUGGCGCCGCCAUCAGUCCCACAGCCACAUGUUCCCACCUGGGCCGAGAGCUGCUGGUGGCCGGGGGCAACGUCGUGGAUGCUGGAGUUGGAGCUGCUUUGUGCCUGGCGGUGGUGCAUCCUCAUGCCACGGGGCUAGACUUCUGGGACCCCCGAGAGCAGCGUCCUGGCCACCGUGGACAGCAGCGGCUCUGUGCUCCUUCUCGCCUCCUCACUCAACAGCUCCUUUGGUUCCGGACAUCUGUCCCCAAGCACCGGGGUUCUACUUAACAACCUGGAGGCCGGGUCUGCAGCUGGCGCCUGGGCCUGCCCCCUCAUCCUCCAGGGUGGCCUGGAUGACACAGAG